AUGAAUGUGGAUGUAAUCGAGAAUAUCCUACCUCAAAUCGAUGAUAUUGGUAUAAUUAUCGUCCCUCUCACAAUCGUGCGUAAAUGUGACACUUGUCAAGAGCUUUUUGUACAAGCCCUCGGAGCUCCCGGCCACUGGUGGGAUGAAUUCUUGAGCAACGAACCGGGGCUAUCGUCUGCAGGAUAUUUCGGAUGUGAGGAACUGACUGAUGAAGAUGGUGACUCACUCGCCCAUGUCUCAUGGUUACGUUCGUCCAUUAAAGAUGCAAAGAACAUUGGCGAGGGAUACAAGUGGGAAACCAUUGAAAUCUUUACACAUUGGUCCACUCGACGAAAGCGAUCAAUAGUAGCCAUCUUCUCGGAAAAUGCGACACUAUCAGACCAGUUUGCCCAUGAGCUUUCACAGAAUGUCAAGGCCUCCAAUGAUCCCUUUUGGGUUUACCCCAGGAUAUUUGGUGUCAUCAGUCGCCUGCAAAGUCGUGCAUGCCAUGAGAUUCAACAGUCGAAAGAGCUUUUGGUCAGUCCUGGGCGAUAUGUGCCUCACGAAAUGACACUGUACAAUCUCUGGCGCAAUGCCACCGUGAUAGCAGAAACGAUAGAGAUCAACCUUUGUAGCCUAUCAAGUAUUCUGGCUCAGCAUGGUCGCUUUGUACCGGAACCCGAGGACAGAAUCACUGCAUCAAGGCAACGAUUGAUGCUAAGAAAACUCCGCUCAGAGCGCUCAGAGGUACACCAGCCACGGCAACAAUUGGGGGCGGAACACACGAGCAGGCAAGUGCAGGACAGGCUUCUAUAUUUCCAGCAGGUUUUCAGAGGCUAUGGGGCAACCAUGGCAUCCAUUAAAGAGCUAUUAAGGUUCGUCACCCGAGGUCCCGCCCCAUAG